AUGGCGCAGUGGGGAGCGCGAAGGCCGCGAUCGACGUCAGCAGCCCUCAGCGGCGGCGGCGGCGGCGGCGGGCGCGUCGAGCACGCUCGCGACGCGAAGGUCGUCACGCUCGUGGACGACUACGAGGAUCGCAAGACCGGAACCGUCGGAUUGACGCGCGAUCAGCGCGUCUCGCUCGAGUUCAAGCCGUUCGAUAGCCAGACCUAUCUGCAUCUCCGCAAUAGGCGCAUGGCCGUUCUCUCCAAGGCCGCGAUUCACGGCGCCGGCCUUGGUACCGUCGGGAACGUCGCCUCUCGGAGCUAUAGCGAGGACGAUUGGGAGGACUACGAUCCCGAAACCGAAGAUGCGUAUAACGAGUACGGCGAUAGAGAGAGCAGCGGUGGGGAGUCUCCGGGGCGAAGCGGGGCGAGGCGGCCGCGCGAGCCGGAGCUGUUCGACGCGAUUCGGCAUCCCCUUAGUGAAGCGCUCGACGCGGUUCGCGAGAUGGUCGAGCGCCGUGCGCUGAUGGUCGGCGGAGGCGGAGGCGCGGGAGGGGGGGGGCGCGCGCAGGGGGGGAUGGAGCGGGUGAAGCUGCUGGUGCGGCUGGGGAAGCUUCUCUUCUCCGUGCAGGGCAGGCCGGAUCCCAGCGCUACCCUGACCAGCAUCCCGCCAUUCUCAGCCAAGAAGUUUGAGGACCACAUGAACGAGCGUGCACCUCCCAGCGCUACCCUGACCAGCAUCCCGCCAUUCUCAGCCAAGAAGUUUGAGGACCACAUGAACGAGCGUGCACCUCCCAGCGCUACCCUGACCAGCAUCCCGCCAUUCUCAGCCAAGAAGUUUGAGGACCACAUGAACGAGCGUGCACCGUUUGCAAAGCCGGUUAUCCCCUUCCCCCCCCCCCGUCCCAGCGCUACCCUGACCAGCAUCCCGCCAUUCUCAGCCAAGAAAUUCGAAGACCACAUGAACGAGCGUGCACCGUUUGCAAAGCAAGUGUACCGGACCUAUGAGAGCCACCUCCCGGAGAGUGCAUACCAGCAGGUGGAGGACAUGCUGCUGGGGGAUGGGCAGGUGGCGCACUCGCUGGGGGAGAAAUACAACAUUCAGGUGGUGGACACGAGGGAGCACAUUGUCUACAAAGCAGUCUGCAAGCACAGCCCGCACGAGCAGCGCUUGCUCGUGAAAAAGGUGAAGAAGCCCCCUGUUCGCCACGCACUGUUCGACAUUGCCCGCCCUGACAACGUCGUGGACGCCCGCUUGAUUCUCACCACCGAGACGCACUUGACAGCAUUGGAUGAUGAGCUGGAAGUGGCACUUGACAGGAUUCUCGAGGCCAUCAAGAUUGACCAAGAGAGUCCUGCAGGGCUGCGCAUCCCACCUCACAUGACAGAAACCCAUGGAAGUAGGGGCUAUGGCGGUGGUACUGGCAUGGGCUAUGCCACUACUAGGGGCUAUGGUGGUGGUGGUGGUGGUGGUGGUGGUGGUGGUGGUGGUGGUGGUGGUGGUGGUGGUGGUGGUGGUGGUGGUGGUGGUGGUGGGAGCGCAGGUUCGUGGUGCGAGCGGUGCGGCACGCCACAACGAGGCGGGCGGAGGGGAGAGGGCGGCUGUGGAAGCUGUCUCGUGUGGACGGGGUUGAGUUCAAGGAGGGAGGCGGGCGGCAGACCAAUGAAAUCGAGUUCUGCCCGGUUGCAUGGCAGCAGGAGCUUAAGCCCCAGGGGGCAGCAGCCCCCCGCGUGGACCACGGAGGAGAUCAUGGCGGAAUGCCCUGGGUUGUUGUCGUGGCUGAGAAAGAACCUUCCAUAA